AUGCUAGCUUCGAUUGCAAAUCUGGCCAGUCAGCUGGAAGAACUUCAGCUUAUACAGUGUUCCUUGCUCCCAGGCGAGCUUUUCACUUUCAUCUUGCCUUCUGAUGACACUGCUAUCUGGGACUCUUUACUCGAAAGCGUCAGUAGUCCACUGGAAGCGGACGCUCCCUUGCCAGCACAAGCCCGUUUCGAAAUCAAACUGACAGGUGCAAAAGUAUGGUUCGAGAUAGAGCUACCUCGCAACUACCCAGAUGCUGGUACCAAACCCCAGAUAUCCAUCAAGGGUGAAGACAUAAGCCGAAGUGAGCAGGAGCAUUGGCAAGACGUCGUGCGGGAGAAAAUGGCUGGUUUCAACGUCAAUGAAUUUCUAGUAUACCAGUUAAUUUCCAUCCUUAUCCCAAUGGUACAUGAUGACAUGGAGAGUACCAGCAAGGUUUCUUUGGAUUUGCCUCCGACCACUUCCCUCCCAACACCAAAGCCCUAUCAUGCCCUCCUCACAUCCCACCACCUCAUAUCCCCGAACAAACGUCGUUCUCUUCAACAGUGGUCGUCAGAGCUUUCUAUAUCUGGUUUUGCAAAAGUUGGUUAUCCUGGCGUCAUCUACGCAGAAGGCAUGCAAGAAAACGUCGAGGAGUUGCAGUGGUUGGCACUCAAGGUCCGGUUUAUCGAGGCAUUGGGUAAGGAAAAUCGUGACACAGGUAAACUACUACUACCCAAGUGGAUGGAGUUUGAAAAAGUGGGACAAGUUGUCGAAGAGAUGAGAAAUCGAGGAAGGGAGGAAUACAUCACAGAAAUGGGUAUUGGAAGUGUUGGACUUGGGGGACCUUAG